AUGGUCGGUGCGAGUCAUCUCGAGUCCGCAAUGGGCCCAACUUCCCAUGAGAUGGCUCGUGAACAUGAUGAUAUAACAUUACUGCGGAAUGGAGGCAGAACAGACAUUCCUUUUUCGUUUCAGGAAGAUGCUGAUUGUAUCGAAAACGAACUGGAAGAAUUCUAUUCGUACAUCGAAGCCCCCCUGCUUUUGGAAAACAAAGCAUCCUGGAUGGUAUGGGCGCGAAAGAAGUGGAAUUCAUGCUGCAUGCCUGCAGAUGUGCCGAUUGGUGCUUGGAAAGCGCUAGACACGCAUCAGCGUCGUCGUAUCCUACAUCUUUUAUUGGAUGCCUUGGAUUUACAUGAUACAGAGGCGCGUACCACUGCGUCUCAUGCUUUAUUAUACCAUUUACAGGGAUCUUUUGGUGAGACGGACUCUGAACAAGAGCAACUAGCAUUGAUUCGGGAAAAUGCGCGUAUGGUGUUCGACCUCGGUGGUAUUGAAGACAUCUUUGUUGCUUGCAAACGUGCCUGUUGGCGCCACCACAUGUUAAAUAAUUUAUCGGAUCAGCAAGUGCCUUCCGAAAACUCUCAGGUUCUGACACCGCAAGAAAAAGCUGAAUGUCUUGAGUCAAUCAAUGUGGAAAUCUCGACUCAUUUUUCCCAGCUAUAUACCGUGAUCGAGUCGUUACGCGGCGAGUUUGCACUCGGUGAGAUUCUCAUGACAACAAGUCCGCCUUUGCCUGUUUAUUUUCUUGGCCUCAUUGCGAAUCUGCGGGAAAAAUCUAUCGGGGGAUUCCCUGUGAAAAAACUUGUUCUACUCACAUGGAAAUCAGUGCUGGCAUCACUGGGUGGCUAUGAAGCACUGCAAAGAUGCAAAGAAGGCGUGCGCUCUCGUGAAGGACUCGCACCCAAAUCCGCUAUUGCUGAAUCUGUACCUGUGUCUCCACAAGACAUGCGCCAGUUUCACGCUGAAGUAACGGCCAAAUACCCCACAUUGGUGGAUGAGCAACAAGCGGGAUUGCUAGCUGGAAUCACAUUGUCGGACGUCACUAGUGCUCUCCCUACUCGUCUCAAAGGGAAUGGGCAGGGCGAUGAAACACAUUUGGUUAUGGACGAAGAGCGUCUUGCAGUAGCCAAAUCAGCUGCUGCGCCUCCUCCAUUAAAGCCUGGUCGGCAAAAAUUCCAAACAGAUCAAAGCCGACCGUUUAUCUUGCCUUUCGCAUCGGAAAAGUUCCGAGAUCAAGUGCCUCUUGGGAUUCAGGAAGCCUUUUCUCUCUACCAGGACCAUCUCUAUGUGAAAACGAGCACAUGGCAAACUUGGUUAGUACGUCAGGAGCUUUUGAAUGAGUUACGAGGUGCCCGGGACCCUAGAAUGCUUCAAGCACAAAGGGCAUUGUCUACGUUGCACCUAGAAAACCCAAUGCACCCAUCAUUGAAUACCGAGGACGAACAGCGGCUAGAAUGGGUGGAGCAAAUUUAUCGGCAGUCACUUCCCUCUCUUCAAAGUGCCGUCAUUGUCCUUUUGAAAGUCGUGCUUGCCACCAGCACACCCGGUAAUACAAACAGUGCUUUUGGUCGUGCUGUGGCUGAAAACGUACCACCUGAGCAUGCACCGCCUCCCACAUUAGAAGAUGUUGAUGUUAUUCGGCAUCGUGAAAUCCUCAACAAGGGCGUCACCUUUUUACUGCUCUUGUGUUUGCGAUGGUUUAAAGUGAAUCAUGCUCUCCAAUUCGAAUAUCUCGCUCAAAUUUUACUUGAUUCUAACAUCAUAUUAUUGAUCCUUAAGCUCUUUGGAUUACAGGAAACCAAUCAUGCGGUGCACUCGCGCUGUGAAGCAAGUUCGUUUGGUCUCUUUAGGUAUUGCCGCCUUGUGGGUCAUGAUCAAUCAACGCAUACGUCCCAAAGUCUCUUUGAUCAGCUUACGCUUUUUGUUGGGAAUGUAUGGGACUGUUAUCCGGAUGAUCCUUUGCGUUUGCGUCAUACUGAUUCUUUGGCAUCCUCUUCCCAACCAUAUUCGUGGCGGAAUUUUGCGACUGCAUCAAACAUGAUACAAAUUCUAUACCAGGUCUGCAAAUCGAAGCUCCAUCGUAUUCUAUUGCUCGUACAAUACAAAAGCUCUGCUAUUCUUAAGCGAAUGCUCAACGUACCUAACAAGCAACUCGAACUAUACGUGCUCAAGCUACUUAAAUUUCAAAUACCUUACUGUGGACGUAAAUGGCGCCAAUCUAAUAUGCGCAUCAUCACCCAGAUUUACUUGCGCUGCCAUUCAAAACUACGCGAGGAUUGGCCUGGAGGUAGCGAUCUAGAGGCUGAGGUUGAAGCCUCUUUACCUGAAGAGCAGACCUUGCGUACAUUGAUCCAAUUCUUCAAUCGUUCACGUUAUCAAUUCCGAGCCCCGAUUGCUGGUAUGGACAUUUCCCAUGCUACCGUGAAAGGUGCGUUGGGUCCAGAAUGGGUUGAGGCCGACCGUGAUGCCUUUGAACGUGAAGCUUUCCCACCACGCCCCGUUUCAUCAGGCACUAGUACUCCAGGACGCUACAUCUCCGGUGUAUCGGUCGAGGGCUACUUGGAUGCUUACGAAGACCUCAUGCAGGAAAUGAACGAUACACUUCCUUUGUCCACAAUUGAAGUUCCGGAGCCUGAGAGCACUAGUACCGCCAAUUCCACUCAAUCGAAUGGUCAAAAUCUUUGGGAACACUUGAGUCCACAUGAAAUGGACAUACUGUCACGCUCGCCACGGACGAACAGCGGCACACUGCGUUCACCGCAUUCCCUUUCCACUUCAUCAUCACCAAGAAGCCUCCAUUCUCGUCGUCUGUCUCUGUCCAAUCCACAAGUGAUAAGAGAAAGCGUCCAUCGAGUGAAUUCUAGUCCAGGCACUUGUCGUCCUCUCAUGCACUGGAAUAUGGAGGAACUCGUCGAAGAUGCUAUAUCAACGGAGGAAGAUCCUCCUGAGAUACCCGUUGAACGUUUGGAACAAGCAAACAUUCCUGAACGUCCUUUGGCGUCACCAAAGCCCGGUGGUAUCGACGAGGUAGAGCACAUCUUUGGGGCAUAG